CAGGCCCGCGUCUAACAACCACACUCUCGUCCCACCGCUAAUCACUCACCUCAAGUCAUCGGCUGCUCAGCCAACCGCGCAUCCUCAAUCGGCGCCCAGGCAGCUAGCCAUAUGGCGCAAGGCUUCGAACCGCUCCUCCCCCGCGCCGGCCACCGCCCCCGCCCCGCCACCGGCGGCUGGAGGUCCGCCCUGUUCAUAAUCUGGGUGGAGGUGGCGGAGCGGUUCGCGUACUACGGCAUCUCCUCCAACCUCAUCAGCUACCUGACCGGCCCGCUCGGUGAGAGCACGGCCGCAGCCGCCGCCGCCGUCAACGCCUGGUCGGGCGCCGCGUCCAUGCUGCCGCUGCUCGGCGCCGCCGUAGCCGACUCGUGGCUCGGCCGCUACCGCACCAUCGUCGCCUCCUCCCUGCUAUACAUCACGGGCCUCGGGAUGCUGGCGCUCUCGUCCAUGUUCUCGUCGCCUCAGAGCCAAGAAUGCAGACUCGCCGCAGACGGCCGGCGAGCCUGCCCGCGUUCCUCCCUCCAGACGGCUUUCUUCUACGUCUCGCUCUACCUGGUGGCCAUUGCGCAGAGCGGCCACAAGCCCUGCGUGCAGGCCUUCGGCGCCGACCAGUUCGACGCGACGGACCCCACGGAGUCGCUGUCCCGGGGCUCCUUCUUCAACUGGUGGUACUUCGGGAUCUGCGGCAGCGCGACGGUGACCAUCGCGCUCAUGAGCUACGUCCAGGACAACGUCAGCUGGGGCAUCGGCUUCGGGGUGCCGUGCAUGGUCAUGGUGCUCGCGCUCGUCGUCUUCCUGCUUGGUACCAAGACGUACCGGUUCUACGACCACAAGGACGCCGGUGCGUUCUCUCGGGUCGCCGAGGCCUUCAGGGCGUCGAGGAAGAGGUCGCCGGAAGGUGUCUGCUCGUUGGUCGAGCAUGCGCAUGGCGGGAGCGCGGAAGAUGCUGUUGUCGUGGAGGAGGUGAGGAGCAUGGCGAGGCUGUUCCCGAUAUGGGCGACGUGCCUGCUCUACGGCGUGGUGUUUGCGCAGCCGCCGACGCUGUUCACGAAGCAGGCGGCGACGCUGGACCGGAGGGUCGGAUCAUCGGGGUUCCAGAUACCGCCCGCCGCGCUGCAGUGCUUCAUGGGCAUCAGCAUGAUCACCUGCGUCGCGCUGUACGACCGCGUCCUGGUGCCCGUGGCGCGCAGGGUCACCGGCGCCGCCCUGGGCAUCACCAUGCUCCAGCGGAUCGGCACGGGCAUGGCCCUGGCCGUGGCCGCACUGGUGGCCGCCGCGCUGGUGGAGAUGAGGCGGCUGAGCGCCGCGGUGGACGCCGGCGUGGUGGACCAGCCGGACGCGGCGGUGCCCAUGAGCCUGUGGUGGAUCGUGCCGCAGUACGUGCUCCUGGGCGCGGCGGACGUGUUCACCAUGGUGGGCAUGCAGGAGUUCUUCUACGACCAGAUGCCCGGCGCGCUCAAGAGCCUCGGGCUGGCGCUCUACCUGAGCGUCCUCGGCGUCGGCAGCUUCAUCAGCAGCUUCCUCAUCUCGGUCAUCGACGGCGUGACGAGGAGUGGCGGAGGGACGAGCUGGUUCGCCGACAACCUCAACCGGGGUCACCUCGACUACUUCUACCUCCUCCUUGCUGCGCUCACCGCGCUGGAGCUUCUCGCUUUCCUUUACUUCGCAGCUUCUUACGUUUACAAGAGAAAGGCCGGCAAUGUUCAUUGACACAUUGACCGGGCGGCGAAUUGUGUAUACCGACAAUUCCACUAUUCAUGUGCUGAGAUCCUUCCGGGCAGCAAUAUUUCAGCUUUACA